GAAGCAGGGUGGGGGCGGAGCUUCAUGCCGGAAGCGAUCGGGAGGCCGCAUCGGUUGGCAUCCUAGCUGGUAGGGGAUGGACCGACAAACUGAAACGGGGAACCAAAGCGAAGGCUAGAGGUUCGAAGGCACUGUACAGCUGGGGCUGAGCGACUGUCGCUCAGUAAGAUCACGGGCAUGAGCAAGCACUGGGGAGAAUGGUUCCUGAAUGUGGGGGUACCCCCCGCCGGGGUGUUUGGUGUGGCUUUCCUUGCCCGAGUCGCCCUGGUUUUAUAUGGGGUCUUCCAGGACCGGACUCUGCACGUGAGAUAUACAGACAUCGACUACCAGGUCUUCACGGACGCUGCGCGCUUCAUCACGGAAGGGCGCUCCCCGUAUCUGCGGGCCACGUACCGCUACACCCCUCUGCUGGGUUGGCUCCUCACCCCCAACAUCUAUCUCAGUGAACUCUUCGGAAAGUUUGUCUUCAUCAGCUGCGACCUCCUCACCGCUUUCCUCUUAUACCGCCUGCUGCUGCUUAAGGGGCUGGGACGCCCCCAGGCGUGUGGCUACUGUGUCUUUUGGCUGCUUAACCCCUUACCUAUGGCGGUAUCCAGCCGAGGCAAUGCGGACUCGAUCGUCGCCUCCCUGGUGCUUAUGGCCUUGUACUUAAUAGAGAAAAGACUCGUCGCAUGUGCCGCUGUAUUUUAUGGUUUCGCGGUGCAUAUGAAGAUGUACCCGGUGACCUAUAUCCUUCCCAUAGCCCUCCACUUGCUUCCAGACUGCGGCAAUGAAGAAAGCCUCCGACAGUCCCGGUAUUCUUUCAAGGCUCGUUUGUACGAAUUCCUGAAGAGGUUGUGCAGUCGGCCUGUGCUGCUUUUCGUUGUAGUUGCUGGGCUCACGUUUUUUGUCCUGAGCUUUAGUUUUUACUAUAAAUACGGUUGGGAGUUUUUGGAGCACACCUACCUUUAUCAUCUCACUAGGCGGGACAUCCGUCACAAUUUCUCUCCGUACUUCUACAUGCUGUAUUUGACUGCAGAGAGCAAGUGGAGUUUUUCUCUAGGAAUUGCUGCAUUCUUGCCACAGUUCGUCUUGCUUUCAGCAGUGUCUUUCGCCUAUUACAGAGACCUCAUCUUUUGUUGUUUUCUUCAUACGGCCAUUUUUGUGACUUUUAACAAAGUCUGCACCUCCCAGUACUUUCUGUGGUAUCUCUGCCUUCUGCCUCCUGUGAUGGCACGAGUGAGGAUGCCUUGGAAAAGAGCUGUCGUUCUCCUGAUAUUGUGGUUUCUAGGACAGGCCUUAUGGCUAGCCCCUGCAUAUGCUCUUGAGUUUCAGGGAAAGAACACCUUUCUGUUUAUUUGGUUAGCUGGUUUGUUCUUCCUUCUUAUCAACUGCUCCAUCCUGAUUCAAAUUAUUUCCCAUUACAAGGAGGAGCCCCUGACAGAGAGAAUCAAAUACGACUAGUACAAGCUCCAGAUCUGCCAAUUCCAUCUAUUCUCAGUGUUCGUGUGGACCAGAAGAGAGUUUUCGGAAUCUCUUUUUGAACAACACUCUAUGAAAGUUCAGUUUGAAGCCUAAAACCCUGUUCCAACAGAAAUUAAAAUGAGUGUUUGCCUUAUCUAGAAAAAGGACUCAAUAAUUGAGGUCCACCCUCUAGGAAAUCUUAGGACUCAUUUAUCUGCAACAUGAUGGGGAGUAAAAGCUACUUGUUCAAAAAUGAAAAGGCUGCUAAAUGGCUCUUGUAGAAAAAGAGAGGAAUAUAGUUAGAGAAAGAAAAUCUAAGCCAGUAUUUGUUCCAGUUAUACUGUCCCACUGUUUUAAGCUGCGUCUUGGCUUCUGACCCCCACUUUUUCUUUCUAAAGCUUUCCUGACAGACGUGAAAACUCACAAAAUGUCCUAAACUGCAUCUUUUAGGUAUAAAGUGUAAAAUAAUACUACCUUGCUUGGGUUGGGAAAGUUGUUUAAUUUUGUAUUAAAAAUGGGGGUUUAGGGGAUAAAGAACCCAAAGAAUUUAAACUGUAAUCAUGUUUUAUAUAUUUGUUUUAUAAUUUAGUUUUUCAGUGCUUAGCCCCCAUGAUGUUUACCAUUUAGUUUUAUACAAAAAGGAUUAAAUUUAAAUUCAUCCAUCUUUAAACCUAAGGUUUAAAUUUUUUUAAAUAUCUCACUUUUGAUGUUUGAGGACCUUAAUAAACACACACCAAACUAUUAGGACAUUUUAGUACACUUUUACCCCUUUGCUUUUAAGUUUCUGAUCACUAAAAAUUCUUCAUCUAGAAGUUAAGUUAGUCAAGUGUUGUGAAAAUGAGUAUUAGUAGAUUUUAGGUGAUACAAAAUUUAAUUGUGAGGCAUUUCCCAGCUUAAAAACACCCCCAUUUAUGAAAAUUCCAUGAUAGAAACAGGGAACUGCUCAGAGGCUCCUGGAAAACAUAAGUGUCCUAAAGAGCCACUGGUGGUUUAAACUAGGAAACUGGGGGAGAGGCUGUGGAAGUGAACGUAUAGGUACAGAGCUGGUUUCCUGAUCACUGUGUGUCAGGAAAAAAUGCUUGCUGAAUUUCAAACAACAACCUAAAAAAGAAUUUUUUUUUUUAAGCGUAGCCCAUCUAUGUUGGGGACUCCCUAAAACUCUAAAGUACUGUAGCAAUAUAUGAGUAUGAUUUUGUGAUUGUGGUUUAAAAAGAUGAGUAAUUUAAUAACAUUUUCUUUCACAGUUAAAAAAAAAAAAAAGAAAAG